AUGGAGAGCCGUCGAAUCAAUCUGCUUGGUCAACCAACAAAUAAGUCUCACAGAAAGUUCGAAGCUCCACGCAGCGGUAACUUGGGAUUCCUUCCCAAGAAGCGCACCAAGCAUCACUCUGGUCGCAUCCGUUCCUUCCCCAAGGACGACCAAUCUGAGGCUCCCCACCUUACUGCUUUCCGUGGAUACAAGGCCGGUAUGACACACGUUGUUCGUGGAGUCGACCGUUCUGGUGCUCUCAUGCACAAGCGUGAAGUCGUUGACGCUGUUUCCAUCCUUGAGACUCCCCCCAUGGUGGUUGUUGGUGUUGUUGGAUACGUCGAGACCCCACAAGGUCUUCGCACUUUGACCACCGUCUUUGCUGAGCAUUUGAAUGAAGAAUUCAAGCGUCGCAUGUACAAGAACUGGUACAACUCCAAGAAGAAGGCUUUCACCAAGUACGCCAAGAAGUACACCGAGGACGGUGGAAAGGACAUUGAUGCUGAAUUGGAGCGCAUCAAGAAGUUCUGCAGCGUCGUUCGUGUCAUUGCCCACACCCAAGUCAAGAAGUUGAACCUCCGUCUGAAGAAGGCUCACAUUAUGGAAAUCCAAAUCAAUGGAGGAGAUGCUGCCGCCAAGGUUGACUUUGCCAAGUCUCUUUUCGAGAAGGAGUUUACUGUUGACUCCAUCUUUGCCAAGGACGAGCAAAUUGAUGUUAUCGGUGUCACCAAGGGACACGGAUACGAAGGUGUCACUACUCGUUGGGGCGUCACUCGUCUUCCCCGUAAGACCCAUCGUGGUUUGAGAAAGGUUGCCUGUAUCGGAUCGUGGCAUCCUGCUCGUGUUUCCACCACUGUUGCCCGUGCCGGUCAAAACGGAUACUUCCACCGUACCGAAUUGAACAAAAAGGUUUACCGACUUGGAAAGAAGGACGAGAAGGACAGUUGCCAAACCGAGGCCGAUUUGACCCAGAAGUCUAUCACCCCCAUGGGAGGAUUCGUUCACUAUGGUGAAAUCAAGGAAGACUGGAUCAUGCUAAAGGGUGCCGUUGUUGGUGUCAAGAAGCGUCCUUUGAUUCUUCGUAAGUCUAUGAUGAAGCACACCAACCGCAAACACUUGGAGACCAUCGACAUCAAGUUCAUCGAUACCUCCUCCAAGCAAGGUCACGGAAGAUUCCAGACUGCCGAAGAGAAGGCCAAGUUCUUGGGUCCUUUGGCUUCCAAGCAAAACCAAGGAUAG